UUCACGGUGGCGACGAUGGCGGUGAUGCCGAUGUACGCGCUCAUGAUCGCGAGCCCGCGGUCGAAGCGCGUGCUCGCGAUGGUGGAGUCGAAGGCGUUGUUUUGGGUGCUCGGAGCGUGUUAUCUGUGCGCGGCGGGGGCGUCGUUGGCCUCGGCGCACGUGUUCGACGCGGCGAGAGCGGUGCUGAAUGAUCGUUCAGCGCCUUUGGUGACGAAAUUCGUGACGCUGGUGAGCGAAUUCAUGGCGACGUCGGAGACGGCGGCGAGCGCGUGGGUACACCUGUUGUCGUUGGAUUUCUUCGUGGCGAGAUUCGUGUACUUGGAUUCGGCCAAGUAUAGCUCGAGCGCGGGGGAUUUGGUGGCGCGGAUACCGGUACGGCACUCACUUAUUUUGUGCUGCAUGUUCGGACCGCUCGGGCUGAUUUCGCACGCGCUGACG